AUGAGUGACGCCAAACUAUUCACCAAAUCAAAGAGUAUUGAAUUGCAAGCGGAAAUAGAGCAAGCUUUCAAGAAAUCGAAACCAGUGAAUCGGAUCAAAGUUGUGCUUCGGAAACUUUUAGCAAAUGUGAUACUAAACAACCAUGAAAUGGCAGCCAUGAUGAAGGAUGUGAUUGCCUUGAUGAAGUUGGACGAUUUAGAAAUCAGAAAGAUUUGUUGUGAAUAUGUGGUCACCUAUGCCCAUUUAUCCUCAGAUGUACAACAAGCAAUUCCGUUUUUGAACCGCUUCAAAGAUGAGCACUCGCCCAUUUUAAGAGGUUUGGCCAUUCGGACAAUGUCGUCGAUCAAUCUCCCCGCAUUCAUGGACCUCAGUUUUGCUUCUGUAAAAAAGGCACUCCGAGAUAAGGAUCCAUAUGUGAGACGAUCAGCGGCAUAUGCUAUUGCAAGAUUAUAUCAACACGAUGCAACGCGAACCGAGCGAGAGUCACUUGUUGACGAAUUGAAUGAGUUGCUUUAUGAUAACGAUCUGGUGAUUAUUUCGGACGCUUUAGCUGCAUUGAGUUCAAUAACCGAGAGAAGCAAAACAUUGAAUUUAGCCAUCGAUAAAGCACACUCGCUCACUUUGAUUUCGUUGUUGAAAACUGCAAAUGAAUGGCAACAGGUUUACUUGUUGAAUUCACUCAUGGCAUAUGUUCCUCAAACAGAAAAUGAAGCUUUGGAUUUGAUAGAGGCAGCACUUCCAUCCUUACAACAUGAAAAUUCAGCAGUGGUUCUCAAUGCAAUCAAGAUCAUCGUAUACUACAGCAAUUACGCUAGAAACCCCGAACUUCAUUUCCCCAUCCUUCCCAAGCGUAUUGGCGCCUCUUUGAACUCACUACUUGCCAAACCUUCGGAGACUCAAUUUUUAGUGUUGCGGAAUGUCAUUUUACUUUUACUUGGUAAAAAGAACUUGGUUCAAUUUGAUAUUGAAAUGUUUUAUUGUCGAUUCGAUGAUCCUAUUUACGUGAAAGAUACCAAGCUUGAGAUUAUUUACUUAUUGGCCAACGAAGAAAACAUCGAGCUGGUGUUGGACGAACUAGAAGAAUAUGCCACAGAGGUGGAUGUUGCGAUGGCGAGAAAAGCGAUUAGAGCAUUUGGAAAUUUGGCAGUAAAAUUGGAAAAUGCGGCUGAUAGGUGCGUUGAAGUCUUGUGUGAUCUUUUUUCAACUGGGAUUACAUACAUUGUUCAGGAAGCUGCCGUUGUUGUGAAAAAUAUAGUGAGGAGGUACCCUAACCGAUACAAUUAUGCUGUGGAUGAACUUACCAAGUAUUGUAAAGUUUUUGACGAGCCAGAUGCCAAGGUGUCAAUGAUCUGGAUGGUGGGUCAAUUUUGCAAAACCAUUCCAAAUCCUAAAAAGCAUUUGUCACAAUUGAUGGCCUCAUUCACUGAAGAUCCCAUUGAAGUUCAACUAGCAGUAUUGACAGCAGUGACCAAAUAUUAUCUCGUUUUCCCCUUGGACGGCGAGGAAUUGCUCCUUGACGUAUUAAAAUGGGCUACAGAGGAGACAAGCAACCCUGAUGUUAGGGAUCGUGGGUAUAUUUAUUGGCGGUUGCUUUCUUCUGAAUAUGCCAGUAGUUCGACAAACGGAUUUCAAGAGAAUACAAAGGACAUCGUUUUUAAUCAAGAUCCACAUAUCGCUUCCGAAAAUGAUAGUAUAAACCCUGCUAUUCUUGAGGAAUUGGAGCUCAAUUUCGGUUCAUUGGCAUCAAUAUAUCUCAAGCCAGUGCAAAGUGUAUUCAGGUUGGCUAAACAUAAACAUCUUGUGAAAUCGCCAGCGCUUCAAUUGGAGCAGCUGCUGACAUCUAGUCGCGAGUUUGCAUCGCCCAAGCCACUGUAUAUACAAUCACGAACAUCAAGCACGUCUACAAAUUCAAAAAGAGGAUCGCAUUUGGGAAAGCAUAAUUUCCGAAAUUCAGGGGACGAUUUUAGCACACGAAGUUUCAGUCCCAAGCCGCCGGUGAAAGAGAAUUUAGGCCAAAAACUUAGCAGAAAGAGCUCAUCAGUUACAGGUAAAAUAGCAAGCAAAAUACUGAAUUUUUGA